AUGACAACAAGUAAAAAUAAAGAAUGGCUAUCAUGCACAACAAUUCUCUAUGUAAUGACCAUAUUAGGAUUCGGUACAAACUACAUGCUUCGUAUGAAUAUAACUAUAGCCAUAGUGGACAUGGUUAAACAUUCAAAUACAACCAUCGAAGACACAACAAAAUUUCAGUGGGACACAUUACAAAAGAACGAGAUUCUAGCAGUGUUUUUCUGGGGCUACUCCCUCACAACAUUCCUUGGUGGUAGAUUUGGUGAAAAAUACGGGACAAGACUAAUUUUUGGGAGUGCGAUGUUUUGUAGCAGUAUUAUAACAAUAUGUUUUCCUUUUAUAUGUAAUUUACAUUAUUAUUUCGCUCUUGCAUCCAGGUUUAUAAUGGGGGUGAGCAUGGGUAUGACGUUUCCAUCAAUAUUACCCAUUGCAGUGUCUUGGAUACCGCCCUCGGAUAGAUCGAAGUUUAUGUCGAAUAUAGGGGCGCAAGGUUUAGGAGUUGCCAUCACAUUACCUAUAAGUGGAUACCUUAUAACCUACCUAGGUUGGGAGAGUGUUUUUUAUGUAACAGGUAGCGUAGGAGUACUUUGGAGUAUAUUAUGGUACUUCACGAUAUUUGACUCACCAGAAGUACACCCUAGGAUUUCAAAUGAAGAAAGAGGUGUAAUACAAAAUAGGAUGGCAAAAGAGAUGGCUAAAACUGGUAAAAAAAAUGGAAAUGUACCAUGGCGGAGUAUAUUAACAUCAAUGCCAGUAUGGGCUUCGGUGGUAGCCCAAAAUACAAACAUGUUUUAUCAUUUUAUCUUAACCAGUCAGUUGCCAACCUAUAUGAAUGAUGUCCUACAUUUUAAUAUUGCCAGAAAUGGUUUGGUAUCUUGUUUACCCUACAUAGGACAAUACACUUUUUGUUGCUGUGCUGGAUACCUAGCUGAUAAAAUGAUAAAAUCCAAAAAAAUAUCCACAAAAAACACAAGAAGAAUAUUCACCAUAACAUCCUAUAUAAUCCCAUCGAUACUCAUGUACACCCUGGCAUUCUAUAAAGUCCACUAUUUACUAGCAGUAACGAUAAUAACUUUAAUACACACUUUCAAAGGCUCCGUUACAUCGGCAUACGCAUCUAACCUUACAGAUAUAUCGCCAAACUAUGCUGGAACCAUAUUGGGUUCCUCCAUGAUGAUCGGAUCCAUGGGAGGAUGGUUCGGGAACAAAAUGGUUGGACUCAUCACCAAAGAGGCCAGCACGUUUGAAACAUGGCGAACAGUGUUUAUAAUAAUAUCGACGGUAAACCUUUUCGGUUGCCUAUCAUGUACAGUAGUUCUGUACAUUGUAACAAUAGUUGGUUUUGGUAUAAACUACAUGUUACGUGUAAAUAUAUCGAUAGCCAUAGUCGAUAUGAUUCGAUCACCUAACCAAAACGAAACCGACAUAGAUACAAGAUUCGAUUGGACUGUCCAACAAAAAACAGACGUACUGGCCAUAUUUUUUUGGGGUUAUUCUACAACAGUAUUUUUCGGUGGCCGUUUGAGUGAAAAGUACGGCACGCGUUUGAUAAUGGGUAAUGGUAUUUUACUGGGUAGUUUAAUGACAAUUAUGUUUCCCUUGAUGUGCAAAAUAAAUUUUUACCUCGCCGUCACAUCAAGAUUUUUACUCGGUGUUUGUUUGGGCGUGACAUUCCCCUCCAUAAUGCCCUUGACUGUAAGCUGGAUACCACCGAUGGAUAGGUCGAAAUUCGCCUCAAAUCAAAUGGCGCAAAGUCUGGGAGUCGCGAUAGCCUUUCCCAUCUGCGGUUACCUUAUUUUUUACUCUGGCUGGGAGGUCGUCUUUUAUUUUACUGGAUCCGUGGGUCUACUAUGGAGUUUAGCUUGGUUUUAUUGCAUAUACGAUUCUCCAGCUCAACAUCCUAGGAUUUCGUGUGAAGAAAAAUGUUUCAUUGAUGGUAGAAUGAAGAAAGAAAUCGUGAACAAUGGUGGAAAGCCCGAAAACGUUCCUUGGGGAAGUAUUUUUACUUCUGUCCCUGUCUGGGCUAUUAUUAUAGCCCAGAACGGUAACACCUUUUACCAUUUUACUUAUGUUAACCAACUUCCAACCUAUAUGAAUGAUGUUUUACAUUUUAGUAUAUCAGAUAAUGGAUUGUUAUCAUGUCUACCUUUUAUAGGUUCAUACAUUUUUAGCAUCACGGGGAGUUGGAUAGCAGAUAAACUGCGAAAAUCAGGAUUAGUAUCCACCAAAAACACUAGAAAAAUAUUCAUCGUUAUAUCAUUUUUUAUCCCAUCAUUGCUAAUGUUAACCUUAGCAUUCUUCAAAGUAAAUUACUUUUUGGCGGUGGUCAUCCUAACUUUAAUGCACUCGUUUAAAGGCUGCUUAACAGCAAGCUAUAUCUCAAACAUCAUGGACAUAGCGCCAAAUUUUGCAGGAACCAUCUUGGGGUGCUCAUUGGUUAUGGGUUCUUUAUCGGGAUGGGCGGGAAAUAAAAUGGCAGGUUUUUUGACGAGAGACGCAAGCAACUUUGAAACUUGGCGAAACGUUUUUAUAAUUAUAUCAUGCGUGCAUUCGUUCGGAGGAUUAUUUUUCUGCAUAUUUGCCUCUGGCAAGGUACAAAAGUGGAACCAGGUUAGUUCCGUUGAGUUAAAGGAAAUGGAACCAUUAAAAAUGUAAUUAUAUGAACUUGUAUCUUUCUUUUAAAACCUACUUAACUCACCGCAUCUGGUAGAGGGCACAGGAGUUGCCUAUCCAACCUCCCAGGUCUUAGUAAUGCAGGAUCUAACAGGUCAGGCCUUGAUGUUGCAGCCAAUACGCAUACACCUGUCAAAGAUUCAACGCCAUCUAGUUGCGUUAGUAAUUGAUUAACUACUCGAUCGGUCACUCCAGUCGUAUCCUGACCUCGCCU